CCAACCUCUCUAUCCCCUCCUUGCAGCCCCACUAACCCCCACCCCAGGCUCACUAUGUUCCCCCCUCCUCUGGCUCUUUGUUUUCCCCUCCAGCUCCUCUGUCCCCUUCCCUCGGCUCUCCAUGCUCCUCCUUCCGGCCCCUCUAUCCCCAUUCUCCUCCCUGAGCUCGCUCGGCCGGCGGCUUUUUCCUGCGGCUCUCUAUGUCCCCUCACCAGCCACUCUAGCCGCCCUCUCUAUGAUCUGGCUGUGCUCCUCCCGGGGCCGCCCUUCGCGGGCGGAGCUCAGGCUGUUUCCGGGGCGGGGCUGCGGCUGGCGCGGGGGCAGAAGGCGCCGGAGUGUGACCAGGCAGCGGGGAGGGGGAGUCGGAGCUCGGCAAAGGUUCGGAAUGCACAUGAUUGGGGUUUGCACUGCUUCCCUGGGCUCGCUUGGGCUUAUGCGUUUUUUUGGUGUGCCCUGGUCAUGGAGUCUGGCAGCCACAUUGGGUGUUUACAUUGGCAGCGGAGGAUGGAGGUUUCUCCGUAUCAUCUUUAAGACAGCUCUGAGGGAUCUCUUUGGUCUCUCAGUGCUGAUACGUGUCAAGUAUGAGUUGCGAAAGCAUCAGCGAGCCAAAAACACUAUUCCAAAGAUCUUCCACGAUGUCGUCCGCAGGCACCCUGACAAAGUGGCUCUGAUCUAUGAGUCCAAUGAUGAGAAAUGGACAUUCCAGCAGCUGGAUGAGUAUUCCAAUGCCGUGGCUAACUUCUUCUACCAGCAGGGGUUCCGUCUGGGUGAUGUCAUUGCCAUCUUCAUGGAGAGCCGUCCCGAGUUCGUGGGCCUCUGGCUUGGAAUGGCAAAAGUUGGUAUUGAGGCAGCUCUCAUUAACUUCAAUUUGCGUCUGGAUUCUCUGGUUUACUGUGUGACAACCUCAGGGGCAAAGGCUGUGAUCUUUGGAGGAGAGCUGGCUGCAGCAAUAUCUGAAGUGAAUGGGAUGCUGGGCAAGAACAUGGUGAAGUUCUGCUCUGGAGAUUUUAACCCAGAUUCUGUCCCUGUGGAGACUAAAUACCUUGAUCCUCUUCUGAGUACUGCAUCGAAAUCUCCUCCAGAUCAGAUUGAAGCCAAAGGUUUAGAUGAUCGGCUCUUCUAUAUCUACACAUCUGGCACGACAGGAAUGCCAAAGGCUGCCAUUGUGGUGCACAGCAGGUACUACCGCAUAGCUGCCUUUGGGUACUGUGCCUACAGAAUGCGCCCUGAAGAUAUCCUCUACAACUGCCUGCCACUCUAUCACUCAGCAGGUAACAUCAUGGGAGUCGGCCAGUGUCUAAUCCAUGGUGUCACUGUGGUGAUCAGGAAGAAAUUCUCAGCCAGUCGCUUUUGGGAUGAUUGUACAAAAUACAAAUGCACAAUUAUUCAGUAUAUUGGGGAGAUCUGCAGGUAUCUUCUGAACCAACCAGUACGGGAGGCAGAAGCACAACAUCACGUACGACUAGCACUGGGAAAUGGAUUGAGACCUACCAUAUGGGAAGACUUUACAAGGCGCUUCAGAAUUAAACAGAUUGGGGAGUUCUAUGGAGCCACAGAGUGUAAUUGCAGCAUUGCUAACUUGGAUGGAAAGGUUGGAGCCUGUGGUUUCAACAGCCGGAUUUUGCCCAAUGUUUAUCCCAUUCGCUUGGUGAAGGUAAAUGAAGACACCAUGGAGCUGAUCCGUGACUCCAGUGGGCUCUGCAUCCCCUGCUGCCCAGGGGAGCCAGGCCUCCUUGUGGGUAGAAUAAACCAGCAGGACCCCUUGCGCAGGUUUGAUGGCUAUGUCAAUGAGAGUGCCACCAAUAAGAAGAUAGCAUGCAAUGUGUUCCAAAAAGGGGACCGGGCAUACCUUUCAGGAGACGUGUUAGUGAUGGAUGAACUUGGUUACAUGUACUUCAAAGACCGCAGUGGGGACACAUUUCGGUGGCGAGGGGAAAAUGUCUCCACCACAGAAGUAGAGGGAAUCCUGAGUCACAUCCUCAGUCAAACAGAUGUUGCCGUGUAUGGCGUGGAGGUACCAGGGGUGGAAGGGAAAGCUGGAAUGGCAGCAAUAGCAGAUCCAAAAGCUAAACUGAGUCCUAAUGCUUUGUAUCAGGAACUACAGAAGGAGCUGCCUCCCUAUGCACGACCCAUCUUUCUUCGUCUCCUGCCCCAAGUUGAUACCACAGGCACGUUCAAAAUCCAGAAAACCCGUUUACAGAGAGAAGGAUUUGACCCUCAUCAAACAUCAGACCGGUUAUAUUUUCUUGAUCUAAAGAUGGGAAAAUAUGUUCCAUUGAAUGAGUCCCUCUUUGAGAGGAUCCGUGCCAGAAAGGUCACUCUGUGAUCUGGUCUGGGAUGUGUGUCUUGCAGGAAAUGCUACUGACUAGUUUAAGAAGGGAUCCUGCCUGUGAAAGCGAGGGAUUCCUGCUAGAUAAGUAGUACAAGGUCCUCGUGCAAUGCAUUGGCAACCGUGACAAAUUCAUUGGGGUGUAGGAUGAUGUCCUCACAUGUCUUAAGCACAUUAAUUUGUGAGCUAUUCCUAUCCUGGGCAUAGACAUGACAUUUCUCUACAGUUCUGUAUCUAGAGAUAUUUUUUUCUCUUUGUAACCACUACAAACUGAGGGACUCUGUGCAACAUGGGAGGUGUUUAUGGUCUGAAUUAUUUAUUGUAACAUCCUGAGGAUGUAACUGAACAGAAAUGAUAUGCCCUGAGCAGGUUUCCUUCUGCUUUAUCUCUCAACUUUAUGUUGCUAUCUGUAGACCUUUAGUUAGUAGCAUUAUUUUCUUCAGGUAGAGCCUUUGAUUGUCCCACCUCACAUUUCUCUUUUUUAACUACACAUCUAAGAUUCGCUGUAGUGGGAAGUCUCGCUCUGAAGUGUCUAUCAUUCAUUUACCUAAGGUAUUCUGUUCGUAUAAUGGGGCCUAGCACAAUGGGAUCCUGGUCCAUGACUGGGGCUCUAGGCAUUACAAUAAUAAAUAAAAAUAGGACUGGGAAUUAAUCAGGUUGUUGACCCCUGGAGUGCAGUCUGUGAAUCUUCACAAACUGUGGUCUGCAGAAUAAAUAGGUUGUUAAUUCACGGAAGAAAGUAGAUUGGGUGUAAAUGGCUAAAAAGCAUAAUUAGGGACACAGGGCCACUGCCUAGGGACAUUAUGCCAGUGAACAAACAAUGUAUUUAAACUUGUUACUGGGCUAGGUAACAAUGAGGUAAAUGGCAGGUCUUGACAGAGGAGUCACAUGGUAAUGUUACACCUUUUAAUGCUAAUGUGAGGUCUUAGGAAAAGUUAAUUGUAAUGUUGCUGUGUAUUUUCUUCAAUUUUAUUUUUAUAUUUACUGGUAGUUUUCAUCUUUAAAUUGUGCUGCCCUCUGCUGGAAAUGAGUGGCAAUUGUUGAACACCAAUGAAGGCCACAUAUGACAAGACAAAUAGGAACAUAAUAAUUUUAAUGUCUACUCCAACCUCAAUUACAAUUUUAUUUUCUGUUUAAUGUGGUCAAGUCCAUUAACAGACAUUUCUGAUGUACUUGUUUUCCUUGUGCUUUUGCACAAUUAGAACUAAAUGUAACUCUUAAAAUUGGAGAAUUAAAGGGAUUGACCUUCACAAGUGCAUGUGUGCUGUGCUCCACCUGUCCUAACAGUGGAUUAUUUUCUCAUUUUAAUCAUAGAAUCAUAGAAUAUCAGGGUUGGAAGGGACCUCAGAAGGUCAUCUAGUCCAACUCCCUGCUCAAAGCAGGACCAAUCCCCAACUAAAUCAUCCCAGCCAGGGC